UGUUAUUUCUCACAGUGUUAGGACAUUUUUAAUGUAGUGUUCAGAUUAUUUAUUCACGGAGAGUUAUAGGUGUUUCAUUUCUACACCCUCAUUAUAUCAUCCUUUUAAUUCAGCGUGCUGCACAUCCACUGGCUUUCCCAGGAGAUGAAUGGCUCUUGUUACUGGUCACUGGGCAUCUAUGCUGGCAGCAAUGGGAGGGGGAGGAGGGGGCGAAGCUGCGCUGCAUCAAUGAGCCUGUUGAUCAGAAAAGACCACUAGACUGGUAAUGACAUGCUUCACUGAUCAGAGCAGGAGAAAAUAAAACUCAGCUUUCACCUCAGCUGCUAUUUUAAGCAGGACGUCCGUGCUGAUCCUCAGUCUACCUCAGAUACCGACACACCUGUCUGGAGUCCUCGGGCUGCGGGAUCCUACGAUGAUUUGGACAUCGGCUCUCCUCAUCAUUCUUAUUUCAUAUGUUUAUUCAGACGACUACUGUUACGAUGAGCCGCAUUGUGAUCCUUAUGCAUGGGGGGACAUGUUCCCAUCUUGUCACCCUUUACUUGAAGAGCAUCAUUCUCCCAUCAAUGUCGACCACCAGGUGACCAGAGACGAGUCUCUGGGAUCUUUACAUCUACAGGGCUUCGAUGAGAUCCAAACGGGCCACUGGAUGCUUAAAAAUGAUGGACACUCUGUCGCGCUUCACGUUGGCAGUGGCAUGUCAGUGAGCGGCGGAGGUCUUCCAGAUGUGUACCACACCAUCCAGCUGCACUUCCACUGGGGAGGCCCAGCCACUAACGGAUCAGAGCACACCGUGGACAGCCGCAGAUACCCGAUGGAGAUGCACAUAGUCAACAUGAAAGCCACCCAUCCGAACCUGACAGAAGCUCUGGAGGAUCCAACAGGACUUGCCGUUCUUGGAUUCUUCAUUGACGUUGUUUAUGCUGAUAAUGUGCACUUUGGACUCAUGUCACAAAAGCUGUCCUCUGUUGCUUACAAAGGCCAGACUACUAAAAUCAAGCCAUUCCCGCUGAUGAACCUACUGCCAAGGCACAACAUGAGUCAGUAUUACCGUUAUUACGGCAGCCUCACCACCCCUCCAUGUUCUCAAGCUGUUGUCUGGACUCUGUAUGAAGUCCCCAUCUAUAUCUCCUGGUCCCAGCUGGCUCAGUUUACCUCACAGAUCUUCUCCACAGAGGAGGAUGCAGAGCAGGUGACACCUCUGCAGAACAACUUCAGACACAUCCACCCCACCUUCAGCCGCAUCGUCUCCAUGUCCAAAGAUGCCAAACUCCUCACAGGCAUGGCCAGUCGUGCCCUCGGGUCGGCUGUGUCGCUGAUUCAAAUCAUUCUUCUGGGAAGCUUCAUCUCUGGACUUUAACGCCACGUUAAGUCCAAAUAAUGAAACACUGAAACACCAAGCAAAAAUGGAUUCAUGUCUUUACCCCAUUUAGAUGAAGUUAAGAUCCAUUAAAGGAUAAUAUAAAACACACUGUGAAGAAAAGUACUGUAGAAUGUUGAACGUCACUAAAUGUUUCAUGAUUGUGCCCUGCUGUCUCUGCAGGAUUAACUCCAUUAGUGCAGACAAAUGUUGUUGUUGUUUUAAUUACUUGUUACUAACAGUUUAAUAUAAUGUGAGUAAAGCAUUUAAAUGUG